AUGGUCGGAGCCAUCCAGAGCAGUACCCAAUGGUUCUGGAUCGUCUAUGGUUUCCUGUGUGCCGUAUCCCCCGCUGACACAGGGAAAUAUGGGCAAUAUACAAGGAACAAAUCCUCAAUUCCCCAAUACAUCACAGGCGAAUAUGACAUACCAUCCUGUGGCAUCAGGCAAUAUGGUGAGACAAUUGGGUCCUCAAUCUAUGUCACAAACAACUAUGACGCGUUUUUUAGGCCCAACAGUGCCUCAGGCACUUCCAACAUUUUUGGGCAAUACAGGGAGUGCAUCAACUCUGAAUACUCCAGCGACUGCACAUAUGUAGGAUUGGGAAGAGAAGAGGAGAACUCUGACUAUGGGGAUGAUACAGGAAUUGGAGAUAUGGAUGAAUUACAAAUCAUCAAUCUCUCCUCUUAUUCCUUAUCCACUAAUGAGAUUUCACUACUCAAAAGGGGUCUGUCCUUCACCCCGACACCAAGAUUUGACACCUUUACAUGGGUCAAGGACAUUAAUCUUUUUGCCCGUAAAUUAUGUCUCCAUAAAUGGCAUCAGCAACAUAAUGAUCCAGUACUUACUGCACAGAGUAAUGAACUGAAGGCUAUUGAGGUCUUGGAGGAUCUUCUUUUGGAAAAUAUAGAGGGACCUAGAGGUUGCGAAGGACCUCUAACCAAUCUUAGGCCGAAAAGUAGAUUGACCCCAUCUCUUUCACAAUACGGCAGCAUUGAUACAUUUGUAAAUCUAGUAGUGAAGGAAAUUGAAAAAAUCAGACCAACACAGAAGAUGGUAUACACAAAUCUAGCCGCAGGUGAAAGAGAGGCUUUAGAAAAUCUAAGAACAAACACUGACAUUAUAAUAAAAGCCUCGGACAAAGGCGGUAAUGUGGUUCUUUUAGAUAGGAGUGAAUACAUCCGUAUGUGUCUGGCUUUGCUAGAGGAUCACACUAAAUAUCAGAGACUAAAAACAGACCCCACAAUUCCUUUCCUCAGGGAACUGAAAUCCCUCUUGACCUCAGCGAAAGAGAGUAGUCUAAUCUCCAUGGAUGAAUAUAACUUUAUAUAUAAUCCAAAUCCUACAAUUGCGACCUUCUAUUCUUUGCCGAAGACGCAUAAGAAUACACAGCCACUCAGAGGACGACCGAUAAUCUCGGGGAAUGAUAAUCUCACACAGGGUGCCAGCAUCUAUGUAGAUCAGUUUUUAGCACCAUUAGUCACCUCCUUACCAUCCUAUCUUAAGGAUACUAAGGACACUGUCACUAAAUUACAAGAUUUAACAGUCACUGAUUCCACCAUGUUAGCAAGUAUAGACGUUGAAAGUCUUUACACUAAUAUUAGGCACGAUUUGGGGAUCACGGCGGUAAAGAAAUUCCUGAAUACACGCAGUAUUCACUUCAAGACACAUAAUGAAUUUGUUAUUGAUUUACUCACAUUUGUUUUGACACAUAACUAUUUCUUAUUUGAUGACACUUUCUUUUUCCAGACACAAGGCACCGCUAUGGGGUCCACUUGUGCACCAAAUUACGCUAAUCUUUUUCUAGGGUGGUGGGAGAGUGAGUUUGUUUUUUCUGAUGAUUUUGAGCACUACACUAGUCACAUUAUAUUUUGGGGUAGAUUUAUUGAUGACGUGUUGAUUUUGUGGGAUGGGGGGAGCACUUUAUUCACAUCCUUCCUAGAAGCUCUUAAUCACAAUGAUAUUGGUAUGCACUUCACUUCAGAGUUUGGGGGUAGACUAAUUAACUUUUUAGACCUUACUAUUAUGAUUGAUGAGACCAACACGAUUCAAACAAAAGUUUUUCGUAAACCGACAUCGACGAAUAAUCUUCUACACUGGCAAAGCUGGCACCCUGUCACCCUUAGAAGAAGCAUUCCUGUAGGACAGUUCCUAAGGGCGAAGCGUAACUGCUCUACUCAAGAUACCUUUGAGGCGGAAUCUGUAGAAUUAUCCAGGAGGUUUAGAGCAAGGGGUUAUCCCCUGGCCCAUGUCAAGAAGGCACACAGGAGAGCGAAUAAUAGUGAUAGGAGACAACUACUAACCUCAAACAGAGUAGCCACAGAACACAAAAUCAGAUGCAUUGGUACAUAUGAUGCAUAUAGUACUAGGAUCUACAAUAUCUUACGUAGAUACUGGCCGAUUCUAUAUUCAGAUCCAGAUCUAAGAGAAGUAGUAGGGGUUAGACCACAAGUAACCUUCAGGAGAGGAUCCAAUAUUAAGGACAUUCUAGUCCGGAGUCAUUUACCCUCAUUGGAGGAGACCCACAAUAGACCUCGGAUGGGUGUUACAGGAUCUUUUCCAUGUGGCCAUUGUAGUUUCUGCAAAUACUUACCCAAGACUCAAGAGUUCUCUAAUCCACUUGAUGGACGUCAAUAUCAGAUUAGACAAUUCAUUAAUUGCUCAAGCAAAAACAUAAUCUAUGCAGCUCGCUGUAGUUGUCACAAACUUUAUGUUGUGAUCCCGGACUCACUGCUGGUCUCGUCCUCGUCUCAGAACCUACAGAAGGUGGAGGGCAGCUCCUUACAGCUGUCAUGUGAUGUGUCGCACAACACGGCCCAGCACACCCACCUCUCCAUCUCCUGGUACCGGAGAAAUGGCGAGCAGGCGGAAGAAGUAAUCUCCCUGACCCGAGACUUCUUGUUGCGCCCCGGCCCAUCCUACGCUCAGCGCUUCUUGGUGGGGGACGUGAGGAUGGAUAAGGUGGGGAACAGCACCUUCCGCCUAACCGUGUACAACCUCCAGCCGGCAGACCAGGGGGCCUUCUACUGCCAGGGGACAGAGUGGAUAGAAGACCCUGACAGAUCCUGGUUCCCUAUGACACGCAAGAAAUCUGAAGAGUCAGAGGUCAUCGUCCAGGCAAUGGAUAAGGAUUUCAAUGUGCGGCUGGAGACGGACCGCCGUACAUACAGCGCGGGGGAGGCCGCAGAGCUGAGAUGCAUCAUUGAGGCUCAGAACGCUGCUGAUCGUGUAUUCGCGGUGUCCUGGGCUUUUAACAGCUCCCUGAUGGGCAGUCUGAGCCCCGGCGGGGUGGCCUCGCUGACCGGAGACUACAGCCAGAGGGAGAGCCACGGAGAGCUGCGCGUGGCCCGGGACAGCGACUCCAUCUUCUCCCUCAAGAUCUUUCGGCUUCGCCCAGAAGACAGCGGCAAAUACAACUGCAGAGUAACAGAGCGGGAGCGGGCAGCGUCCGGAGAUAUGGUGGACCGAGAUAGCAAGAGGCCGAAGAACAUCCCCAUCACGGUCUCCCCUCUAAAGACCUCAGUGACGGUCACGGUGGUGGCCAAUUCCAGCUCGGUCCUGGAGGGCUCCCGCAUCUUCCUCACCUGCCUGGUGGCCUCCCUGUUUGGUCCGCAGAGCCGCAUCUCCGCCUCCUGGCAUCUCCAAGACACGCAGAACCGGCAGAGAGAGGUGAUCCAGCAGGACCGGGAUGGGGUGACCUGGGCGAGCCAGGCGUACAGAGAUCGCGCCAGUAGCGGAGGGCUGCGGAUGGUGCGUUCCGGCUCCGACACCUUCACCCUGGAGCUGGAGAGCAGCCAACGCCAAGAUGCCGGCUCAUACGAGUGCCGCGUCACAGAGUGGCUGCCCAGCUAUGAUGGCGACUGGCAGAGGCUGGGCGAGAGGUCGGCUAAGACCAGCGUGGAGGUGACCUCACUAGAGUCUGGCUUCGUGGUGAUGGCGAUCUCACGCACUCCUGGCGUCAGUUAUUACGACUCCUUUGACCUGCAAUGUAUCCUGAAGCCUCACUUCCCGUCCUGGGUGGGGGUAUCGGUGACCUGGCGGUUCCAGCCAUCCAGUGGAGGGGACACCCAUGACCUGGUGACGUUCAGCCGAUCCGGCGGGGUGCAGUGGGGGGAGCGCGCCGGUAACUUCCGUGGUCGCAGCAUCGUGGAGAAGGCGGAUUCCAGCCACAAUGUGCGUCUGAGCGUCAGCCGGGCCAGCGAGUCCGAGGCCGGGAAAUACCAGUGUGUGGCCGAGCUGUGGAGGAGAGAAUACAACGGCAGCUGGGCCCGCCUGGCCGAGAGGACCUCCAACCUCCUGGAGAUCAGAGUCCAGCCGCCAGUGUCACGGCUGCAGGUCGGUAAGGGGACGCGCUCGGUGACGGUGCUGGAGGGCGCGGCGGUGACACUGACCUGCACGGUGCGUUCUCAGAGCAGCCCGGACUCCCGCUUCUCAGUCCUGUGGUUCGCCCAGGAGCCCUCAGGGGCUGACGGGAAGCUGAUUGUGCGCAGCGGGGCCAGUAUGGAGUACGGCACCUACGCGGAGGAGGCGGAUCUGAAGGAGCGGCUGCAGCUGGAGGAGCUGACCCCCGGGCACUACACCCUCACCCUGCGGGGGGCGCUGCAGGAGGACAGCGGCGGAUACUACUGCCAGGUGGAGGAGUGGGUGCUCGACCCCAACCAGGCCUGGUACCAGCUGGCCAAGGACUCAUCGGGGCUGACGGAGGUCAACGUGAAGAAGCCCGAUAACAACCUGCAGGUGGACCAGCUCCCUCGGAACGUUUCCUCCUUGGAGGGGGAGAGCUUCAUGGUGACGUGCCAGGUGCUGAACCGUACGCUGCCGCAGUCUCGUCUGGCCCUGGAGUGGCUGGUCUGGAGGGCAGGAGAGCCGGAGAGGAGGACUGUGGCCCGGGUACCCCUGGAUGGCAUCGCUCUGACCACCGGCGAGGAUGAGGACAGAGGAGGCUCGGAGGUGCCCAGUCGCCUUCAUCUCUGGCAGCCAUCGCCCGGGCUCCACACCCUCACCCUACAGCAGGCCGAGGAGCAGGACAGUGGAGCCUACAGCUGCCGGGUGCAGGAAUGGCUGCAGGACCCCCGGGGGCAGUGGUACAGACGGGCCGAGGAGCGAUCAGCUGCCACCUAUGUCAGUGUGCGCCGCCCAGACGCUGACCUCCUGCUGGAUGCCGCACCCCUCAAUGUGUCAGUGCAGGACGGCGGCCAUGUUGCUCUGGACUGUACCGUCUUAUCGCGCUCUCGCCCGGAGUCCCAGCUGGCGGUGUCCUGGUCAUUUCACAGCAGAAGCCGAGGGGCCGAGCAAAUACUGACCACUGACCGCUCCGGUGUGUGGAGCCCCCUGAGCCCACGCUGGGAGGGACGGUUGCAGCAGAUCCAGCUCUCCCCCACCAUGUAUAAGCUUAGGAUCCCUCAGGCCGGCCCGGCCGACUCCGGCAACUACACCUGUUCUGUCCAGGAAUGGAUGAUGGGGCCCCGCGGGGACUGGUACCUACUGGCACAGGAUGAGAGUCUCGUAGGAUGGGUCACCGUGCAGGGCAAGGAGUCCAAUCUGCAGUCAGUCAUCUGCUCCAAUGACGCCCUCUUCUACCUGGUCUUCUUCUACCCCUUCCCCAUUUUCGGAAUCCUCAUCAUCACCAUCCUGCUCGUGAGGUUCCGCAGCCGACCGUCCAGCAAGACCGGCGAAGGCAAAAAUGGGGUGCCACUAUUAUGGAUCAAGGAGCCGCACCUGAAUUAUUCGCCCACCUGCCUGGAGCCGCCUGUUCUCAGCAUCCACCCGGGCACCAUUGACUAGACCCAUGGGCCAGUCCAGCAGCUGAGCUCAUUGUAGCCAAGGGGGGAAUUGGGCAGACUGAGCCAGGACCCGGGGGCAUUUGUGCUGGGCACUGGAACAUUUGCCCUGGCCUCAGCCAAAGCUUUGUAUAUCUGCUCCAUAGAUAGAGGGACGACCCUCGUGUGAGGAAUGAGGCCGAGGGUUCUGGGACAAUGCCCGGGACCGUCACGGUUUGUUUCUCGAUGACUUGCUGGAAGUGCCCUCUGCUCUGGCAGUGGGGGGCAGGGGUGGGUAUGGACUCAAGCAGCAAGAGAUUGUAUCUUUUCUUUUAAAGUGCAUUUCACCCACAAGAGAGACGUCUGUGUGGCCCCCAAGGGCCCCCUGGGACGCACUGGUCACCCCAACCUUCAAGGUGGGUACAGACGUGUGCCAUUACGUGUCUGUUGAAUGCCAAGUGGAGUCUUCUGUAUGCGCCCGCCUGUAUCGGGCCCCGCUCUCCCUGUGGAUAUUUUAUAUGUACACCCGUUUUUAACCCUUGAUAUUUUCUGUAUGUUUCUUUGUUGCACUGUGGAAUUAUGGGUCGAGCGCUGCCAGAAGGAUCGAUGGCAGAAUAAUACACUCCAGGAGUGAAAGUGUUAAUGGAGGGGUUUCAGGUGGUCCGGUAACCCUUGUUGGCCCAGUCUUCCUCACAGCUUACCCGCAGGGCAGCCAUCUUGGAUCCGGUGCUCAGGAAUGGGACAGACCAAUACCGAUUCAUGUACAUAUAUGCCAAACAGUCUUCCUUUUUAUAAUGAUUCAUUCCAGCCCCCAAACAUUAAACUCAAAAACCCAUUGGAACGCCACCUCUGCGGGGCCACCACCUGCCAUCACAGGACAUUGUGGCCCAUCCCAUCUAAUACAGCUGAGAAUUGGCGCUGCCAUCCCUGGUUGUGCUGCCCGCCGACCACCCGUCUCCUCCUCAUUUUGUGAUAUGUUGCACUGAGCUUGUUUUUUUAUGAUCUUGACGACAGUAAAGUCCGUGUUCUGUUA